AUGUUUAUUGAGUAUGGGCUUUUACAUGCCCUCGUUAUUUUAUUGAAGAUCCACUUCUUUGGAGUCCUCCCGACUGUCGCUAUUCUUGCUGCUGGCUUCUGGGCGCUCGCUAAAGUCUUGGAUAAGUGUGGAUACCAGUUCACUGUUGGCCAGGAUUUGGUGUUCUUCUUCAGCUCAGGCCAUGAAUCUGCCAACUGUGUAGGAUAUAUCGAAAUGGAGAAAGUCAAAGCAAAGACUCUGAAACAUGAGUGCUUUUACAAGAAAGCAAUUCUCAAUGUCAGGAAGCUCAGACAAGUUCCUGUAACUUUCCUGGGUGUACAGCUCUGGAAAGACGUCACUCCUGAAGUUGCUCUUGAGCAGUUUAGGAUUAUUGACAACAAGUUCGAAUCGGACGAUGACGUAAUAAAACACUGAAAUGAGUGGGCCAAAACGAAUAUCUCGAUGGACAAGCCUCAGUGGGAACUCCAGUUCAAAGAAGACCACACUGAAACAACAUCACUACUAUUUCUAAAGUGCCACCACUCGUUCACCGAUGGAGUCGGAAUAAUCACUUUGUUUGCUUUGUUGAACGAUGACUCUUUGUGUCCGAAGAUGAUGCCGAAGUUCAAAGAAUUCUCAUAUUUACAAGCAUUUAUGCUUAUCGCAUUUACACCAAUCUCUCUGAUAUGUCAAGCUGCAGUGGUGUGGUUCCACAAAGUUGAAGAGUCUAGCAGGAUGCUCCACACACCAACUGGCAGGCUCUCUGAUGAAGCUGUAUACUUGAAAACAAAGACCUUCAACUUCAAAGACGUCAGGAAGUGAUACAAACAGUUCGACAACACCACUUUCAAUAACUAUGUGAUGGGAGUGCUCAGCAAAAGUCUUCACUCUUGGUUCCACAAGAAUGGUGUUGAGCCUCCUCAAGAACUUGUCAUGAGUUGUCCUGUGUCGAUGAAGACGCUCCCAAAGUCUGUCCGCGACAUCGACUUGAACAACUACACCUCCAGCGUGACCAUGGAGUUCCCAGUGUGUGAAAGUCUGAGCGAGUCUAUCAAAAUAACACGCGAAAGAUUUUCAAGAUUUGCAAAGUUCCACCACCUCAUACCGACUGUGUAUUUUCAGAAGCUGUUCAAGUACAUCCCCAGAAAGAUUGGGAGCUUGCUGUACAACAACUUCGUCAAAGAAAUGGAUUUCUUGUUGACCAAUGUCAAUGGACCCAGAGAACCCAUUUAUCUGUGAAACAAACAAAUAUUGAGCAUCACUCCUUUCCUGAGCACAUUCUCGAGCCUGAGUCUGGUGGUGGUCUGAUUCUCGUACAACCAGAAAGUCAGCUUCCAGAUCAUCGCUGACAAGCAACUGCAGAUGGAUCCUGCUGACUUGAAGGAGUUCUUGGAAACUUACUUUGACAGCAGGGUUAUUAAACUAAAGAACGAGCAUAUUUAAUAA